AAAUAAUUGUCGACUGACUCAGAUUCCGUGCAUUACGUUUAGGUUCACAUUUGAUCUAGUACAUUCGAGACAACAACAUGGUGAAUUUAGGAGAUGUUUUCCCUAAUUUCGAUGCAGACUCGACGAUAGGAAAGAUUCAAUUCCACGAUUGGCUUGGAGAUGGAUGGGCAAUCCUGUUCUCUCACCCUGCAGAUUAUACUCCAGUAUGUACGACUGAACUGGGCCGAGUUGUAAAACUAACUCCAGAGUUUGAGAAGCGAGGUGUAAAACUGAUAGCUCUAUCUUGUGAUGAUGUUGAUAGUCAUAAUGGUUGGGCAAAGGAUGUUAUGUUUUUUGCUGGGAGUGAAGGUAAAUUACCUUACCCUAUUAUAGCUGACCCUAAACGAGAACUGGCUGUAAAACUAGGUAUGGUGGACCCAGAUGAGAAAGAUGCUGCUGGUAUGCCUCUCACUUGUAGAGCAGUGUUUAUUAUUGGACCUGGUAAAAAAUUAAAACUGUCCUUUCUCUACCCAGCUACAACUGGACGUAAUUUUGAUGAAAUCCUAAGAGUUGUGGACUCUCUACAGCUAACUGCUGUCAAGAAAGUUGCUACACCAGUUGAUUGGAAGCCUGGACAGAAAUGUAUGGUAGUACCAAGUGUAAAAGAAGCAGAUGAAAAACUUCUUUUCCCUAAAGGAGUUGAAAAAGUGAAAGUUCCAUCAGGGAAAGGAUAUCUUAGAUUUGCUGACCCAACAGAAGCAUAGAAUUAUAUUUCAAUAUUUUUUCUAUUGGUUGCUUUUUAUAUUCAUAAGAAUAACUGGUGCUCUGUUUUCCUGGAGACUCUACAAAUUUCUAAUUUCACUUAAAUAACUAGUGCUGUGUGACCUGGGCCAGUGCUUUCUCUAGUAGAAUGAAUGAAUGUAGAGAAUAUGAAUGAAACAAUCUAGGUUAAAGAAUUGAUUAUUAUAUUACUAUUGUUAUUUUCACAAAUCUGAAAUUGAUUCCAUUCUUAUAGAAGUUAAUUAUAUUGACAAUUUUUAUAAUAAACAAACAAUAGAUCUAUCUGAUCUUAACUUUUAUAAACAUUCUUUCUUAAU